UCCGUUGCAGCGCUUGAGCGGUCGCCCUCGCUGAAAGAUUUGUUAUUUUCUGUUCUAGAACACCGGUGCAGAAAUCUCAACCGUUACGAUUAGGAGGCUAUUACCAAUGGUAUAAGAAUCGGGGGAGAGUGGGAGAAAGCGCGACAGGAAUUCCUCUCUCGUCGGCGAAAUCCCGGCUCGGGAAAUACCUAAUUUAUCUCUUUUGGAAGAAAUCCCCGGCUUCAGCCAUUGUUUCCUUUAUUAUCUCUCAAAAUCUGUCCCUUGCUUUAGUUUUUUGACUAGAGUAUAAUUAUAUAUCGUGUCGGGCCGGAUUGGUGACGAAAUUUGAUGGAGGAGACGGGGCAGCUUAAGCGCGCGAUGAUAGAUGCUGCGGCUGGGGCCAUUUCCGGGGCAAUCUCGCGAACGCUAACUUCGCCUCUUGACGUCAUCAAAAUCAGGUUUCAGGUACAGUUGGAGCCUACUUCAUGGGUUUUACUCCGACGGGAGAUGUCUAAGCCUGCAAAAUAUACUGGAAUCAUGCAAGCUAGCAAAGACAUUUUUCGAGAGGAAGGUUUACCGGGUUUUUGGAGAGGAAAUGUUCCAGCUUUGCUAAUGUAUAUGCCUUAUACUGCCAUACAGUUCACUGUUUUACAUAAGCUGAAAACACUUGCAUCUGGUUCAUCCAAGACAGAUGAUCAUUUGCGGCUGAGUCCUUACUUGUCCUAUGUGAGUGGCUCUCUAGCAGGAUGUGCUGCAACAGUAGGAUCAUAUCCCUUUGAUCUUCUAAGAACAAUUUUGGCAUCACAGGGUGAGCCAAAGAUAUAUCCUAAUAUGAGAUCUGCAUUUUUACAUAUCGUGCAAACACGAGGUAUUCGAGGAUUGUAUGCUGGAUUAUCCCCAACUCUUGUUGAGAUCAUUCCAUAUGCUGGCUUACAGUUUGGUACUUAUGAUACAUUUAAACGCUGGAUGAUGACUUGGAACAGGUUCAGGCUUUCCAAUGCUAGCUCGGCCAACCAAGGCGACUCUCUCUCAAGUUUUCAACUCUUUCUUUGCGGAUUUGCAGCUGGAACAAGCGCAAAAGCUGUUUGUCAUCCUCUUGAUGUUGUAAAAAAGAGAUUUCAGAUUGAGGGAUUACAGAGAGAUCUUAAGUAUGGCGCAAGAGUAGAGAAUAGCACAUACAGGAACAUGAACGAUGCUCUUCGGCAAAUUUUGCGAACGGAGGGAUUUGCUGGACUCUACAAGGGAAUCUACCCAUCUCUGAUAAAAUCAGCUCCUGCUGGUGCAGUCACCUUUGUGGCAUAUGAAUACAUAUCUGAUUUUUUAGAAUCUUUGAUAACAUAAAACAUUUAGCUAUUUCAUACUAUUAAUUUUGGUGAAAAUGAUCAAAAUGAUUCUUUAAUUCUUUAUGAAAGAUCAAAAUGAUCUCUAACUAUAUAAAAUAUUAUUUUGGUCCUUCAAAUCUUUAUUUCAUGAUGGGACUAUUUUGCUUCUUCUUGAAGGAUCAGAAUGAUCAUUUAAUUUAGUUGGGGAUCAUUUUGAUCUUUCAUAAAGAGUCCAGGGAUUAUUUUGAUCAUUUUCUCAUUAAUUUUGUUACCAAAACAUGAUUCUUUUUUCCUACCGAUUACUGUAACUUGGCUCCAAUCCAGUUGAAGUUGCAACGGAUCGGCCAGUGGAGAGCGCACAGAUUUCUCUGAAACAAAGCCUUCAUCACAGGAAAACCACUUAUAGGUAUAAACAGCUGCAGUGAAGCAAUUUGUAUAUCUGAAAUUUUGGAACUGGAACCAAAAUUGUUAAAUUUUUUUAGGCUUUUUCAUCCUCCAAACAAUUUUGCUGAUUCUUAACGAAAUAAGUUCACAUUUGAU